AUGGCCACCGAUGCCGCGCCUCUGAAUGCGGGGCCGUUUGACGAUGCCCCCGACUCGCCCGACACACGAACAUUCGACAGAGACGAAGCCGAUACCUGUCGAAUUUGCCGCGGGGAAGGCACUGCCGAAGAGCCGCUCUUCUUCCCCUGCAAAUGCAGCGGUAGCAUACGAUAUGUCCACCAGGAGUGUCUGAUGGAAUGGCUCUCGCACACGCAGAAGAAGCACUGCGAGCUGUGCAAGACGUCCUUUCGCUUCACCAAGCUAUACCACCCAAACAUGCCCAACCGCAUACCCACGACCGUCUUCAUCCACCGCGCCACCCUCCACGUCUUCAACAUGUUUGUCACCUGGUGUCGCGGUGUUCUCGUGGGCGCCGUGUGGCUGUUCCUGCUCCCUUGGUGCAUGCGCGUAGUCUGGCGCAGCCUCUUCUGGGUCGGCGAUGGCGGUUGGUCGCGAGAAAUAUUCAUAGACACGGCCGAGACACCGGAUAUGCGCCGAUUCUCCCCCAGUGAACUAAGCACCAUCCGGGCUGCAGUUGAAAAUGCCAAGACCAGGAACAAUGCCAGCUCACUAGCAUCCGUAUCCCUCACGCCCAACAACAAAACCGCUCCCCAGUCCAUGCUCUGGAGGUUCGCGGAACGCCUCUUUAUUGGCGCCCCGUAUCCCUUCCUUCAGCUGCCUCAAAGUGACCAAUCAAGCCUCUUGUCUGUCGUUGAUAAGAAUAUUACGGCAUCGAAUAUCACGUCAAGUCCUCUCGGUGUCCGUAGCCCUUCGUUACUCUCCGACGUCCCUUUCUUCAAUUGGUUCCAAUCCCAGGCAGCCAACCGAUUUAUCAUCGAUGUGAUUGAAGGUCAGAUCAUCACUCUGCUUGUAGUAGUCGCGUUCAUCCUGGUAUUUCUCAUUCGAGAAUGGGUUGUCCAGCAGCAACCGGUAAUCAACAUGGUUGCUCUUGGCGACAAUGCUGUUGCACAGCAAGGUGCAAUCUUUGACGACGACGCUCAUGUUGAGGACGUUGCGGUUGACGAAGAUGAGCUGGACGAUGCUCUAGACGCUCUGCAUGCCGAGGUCGCUCAAGACACUCACGAGCUGCGUGACCAUGAUGAAAACGAAUCAGGCUUCCCUGACAACAACGCCCAAGCCGAAGAGCCUGACACCCCAGAUCCUACAAUACGCCGGGUGCUACGCGAAGGUUUGUCAGAUGACGUCCGAGCAAUUUUGCAAUCGGAAUCGGCCAACGGCCUUGCCGAUAUCUUCAACCAGGAUGAUGCGACUGCUCAAAACCUUCAAGAGUCUCUUCGCCAAGCGAUGAGUGCUGGAGAGUCUGCCAACCAGGCUGAUGAUGAUGAUGAAGAAGAAGAAGAAGAAGCCAGCAGCUCAACGUUUGCCGCACGCACUUCCUCACUUCCUCUGCCCUCGAGCUCCACACCAGAUGCCGCAGAUUCUGAUUCGUCUGCAUCCUGGUCAAGGCCAAACAUGCCAGCACGUGAUCGCUCGUUUAUUGCUACAGAGAUUCGUCGCAGCCUAGAAGAGGCCAACACUUGGUCGUUCGAGAAUCUGCCACAAGCGUCGGAACCAACCGCUGGCAAUGCGAACGAGGCACCCAGUUCUUGGGAAAAUGAUGCUGGAGACCGACAACCAGCUCAAGAGCGUGGCAGUGUAUCAGAUCACGAGCAGCAUAGUGACCAUAGUAGCGGGAGUUGGCAACAGAUUCCUGAGGUUGUGGGGGAUGACUCUGACCAAGCGCUGGAAAGAGAGCACGCACACGACAAGGGGAAAGCCAAAGCUGUUGACUAUGGUGACGAAGAAGCAUCGAAUGAAGACACACCACAUGAAUCUGCUUCAUCGUCUGAAAGCACUACUGCUGAUUCGGACAACGGUGUUACGGUGAACACCACUAUUGAAGUAGAGUUUGAUGCCAGCCAACCCGCGCACAAUUUGACUGCAGACGAAGAAACCGAAGCUGAGGAGGACGAGGAACAUGAAAAUGAGUCCCCUGCGCCUGUAAAUCCUGUCCAGCCCGCAGAACCUCAAGCCCCAGGAAAUCCGGUAAACCUCGUAUUAGACUGGAUGUUUGGAGAUGUGGCGCCUGCAGUACAGGCAGCUGAUGAGGGGGGCAAUGAGGAGCAUAUUGUCCGUGACUUGGCAGAUGAGGCGCCGUUCGUCCCAUUCAUGGGCAACGAGGCGCGAGACCACGGCAAUGCCCCUGCACAAGAUGCUGAGGUAGCUGCUGCCGCGGCGCAGGCUGGUAUCGAUGUCAAUGACCAAGAAGCGAUUGAGGACGCAGAGGAUCUGGAGGGCAUACUUGAACUCAUUGGCAUGCAAGGACCCCUGGUUGGUCUUUUCCAGAACGCCUUGUUCAGCGCAGUGCUGAUUUCUGCAACACUGGCCUGUGCAGUUUGGCUCCCCUACCUUUGGGGUAAGGUUGUCAUUCUCUUCAUGGGAAGUCCUGUCUCGCUCUUCAUCAAGCUGCCUCUCCAAGUAGUCGCCACCAUCACAGACUUGAUUGUUGAUGUCACUCUAUUUGUCGUAGCUGGUGCAACGUAUUGGAGUUCUGCUGCCAUAUCUGGUCUGGUCAAACUCUUUUCCUGGGGCCAACUUUCAGAGGCGGUCGAAGGCCCACUUCGCACGAUAUCAACGCCGGCUUAUUCUCUUGCAGAGAGCUCCAUGGUCCGUAUCAGCAAAAUGUUCAUGGAGUCGCCUCUAUCGCCUGGACCCGACUCCUUCCGACUCUCAGUAAAUGCCCAUGCUUCUUUGCGAAGCCUGCAAAACACGACUUCGUUCGCGCUCAACGAGACUAGCCAUUUUGCAAACGCAAUCAUUGAGGAGAUUUCAGCAGAAUCGCUACCCAAGCUUGUGUUGAGGGUUGCCGGACAGUUGCCGUCUCUCGUCACAGACACCUUUACAUCUGCAUAUGGACGAAGCGGCGCUUUACUGUCAUGGCUAUGGGCUUCCAGAUCAUACAAGAUUACCCUUGAUCUGGAUUCGACUCACAAUACAACUUCUACGUAUACCGCAAUGGACUACUGGACAGCCAGCGAUCGUCUGAUUGCCAUUCUUGCUGGCUAUGGGUUCUUCGCCUUGGCUGGUGCAGUGUACCUUAAGCGGGGCACUCCCUUUAGCUCAUCACAGCAGGGACAGAAAAUUGAACGCAUCAUCUCCGACAUUCUACAACAAGCUGGUGGUGUGCUCAAGGUAAUCUUGAUCAUCAGCAUCGAGAUGUUGGUAUUCCCACUGUACUGCGGCCUGCUCCUCGACCUCGCCAUGCUCCCUCUCUUCAAGAAUGCUACGCUGUACACGCGGUGGCAAUUUGCUAGGGAAAGUCCGUGGACAUCUGGGUUUGUGCACUGGUUUAUCGGCACUUGCUACAUGUUCCACUUUGCACUCUUCGUCUCCAUGUGCCGUAAAAUUAUGCGCAAGGGUGUCCUGUACUUCAUCCGCGAUCCAGAUGAUCCUACAUUUCACCCGGUUCGUGACGUUCUAGAGCGCAGUGUCACGACUCAGCUUCGCAAGAUUGCCUUUAGUGCUUUCGUCUAUGGCGCACUGGUCAUUGUUUGUCUCGGAGGAGUGGUUUGGACUCUGAGCCGGGCAACUUCCAAUGUUCUGCCAAUUCACUGGACAACCGAAGCACCAUCGCUAGAAUUCCCCCUCGACCUCCUCUUUUACAACUUCCUCACGCCAGUGAUUAUCAAGUUUUACAAGCCUAGCGAGGGCCUACACGCCAUCUACAAGUGGUGUUUCCAGAAGUGCGCCGGUUUCCUCCGCCUUUCAAACUUCCUCUUCGGCGACAAGGUUCCGGAGCAGGAAGGUGAGGAUGGCAGAUAUGUGCGUGCUCCAUCUUCCGAUCAAGCCCGCAUUCCUAAGGGUCAGCCUGUCUUUGUCGAAGUAGAUCGAAACAAUGUGCGCAAGGACGGCCAGAACGAAGGAGGUGUGCACAACUCUGAUCUUGUGUCAAUGGUUUUCAUACCACCAUGGUUCCGCCUGCGCAUCUUCUGCUUCGUAGUCACAAUUUGGAUCUUCAUGGGCCUGUCGGGAGUCAGCGUCACCAUCCUACCUCUUCUCUUCGGCCGUUACCUCUUCUCGCUCUUCCUCCCCCCAACCGUCGAAAUGAACGACAUCCACGCCUUCUCCCUCGGAGUCUACACCCUAGCCAGUAUCGCCUACUCGGGUUACCACGCCACAAAAUUCAUAUCAUCCCUCAACAGACGUCUCCCAGACCCCAUGUCUACCCUACGCACCGUCGCAGCCACUACAGCGCGUGUGGGCGGCCGCGCCCUCCGCUUCUCAUACGUCUGGGCCAGCAUCAUCUUUGCCAUCCCCUUUUUAUUCGCCGUCAUCCUCGAACUCUACUUCCUCAUGCCCCUGCACGCCUACCUCGGCCCCAAAGAACCGCACGUAGUGCACCUCAUUCAAGACUGGACCCUCGGCUUUUUGUACUCGCGCCUCGCCGCCAGACUCAUCUUCUCCAAUCGCAAUUCCCGCCCCGCCCGCGCUUUUGCCGCCGUCGUGCGUGAUGGCUAUCUAUACCCCAAUGCGAGAAUUGCAACGAGGUGCUUUGUGAUCCCUGUCCUUGCUAUCUUCCUCGUUGCUAUUGCCAUCCCUUCUAGCUUAGCGCUCUUCGCGACAAGAGUUCUGUACCGUGGUGCGAGCGAGGCGACGAAGAGCCAGGUUUGGCGCUUUAGUUUUCCCGCUGUGGGCCUUAGUAUCGUGCUUAUGUGGGCUUCGUCGGCGGUGGUCAGGUUGCUUGUUCGCUGGAGGCUGGUUGUCCGUGAUGAGGUUUAUCUGAUUGGAGAGCGGUUGCAUAAUUUUGGGGAGAGAAGGGCCCCCGUGCAGGGAGUAAGGGAUGGUGCGAGGGGUAGUGAAGAGGCGGUGGUGGGGGCGUAA